GAAUCCAUUUAGCUGUUUAGUAAAUUUUGCAAGCUUGCUGGCUGGGGAAUUCUGGGAGGGGGAGUCCCCCCCCUCAAGCCUUACUCCUUGGGAGGCCUCCCCCUGCACGCUAGGAAUUUGGGGAGGGGAGACCACGGUACUAACCUCCCUUUGGCCUCUUCCUUUUCCCCGCAGCUCAGCUUUCCCAAUGCCACCCUCGCCCCUCGAAGAGCGGAUCGGGGUGCUGCAGAGGCCCAAGACUUUAGCCCUACGCCUCACCCACACCUUCGUCACCCACGGCAGUGGCGGGGAGAAGCCCCUCUCGCCCUCCGCCGUGGGCCAGGACCCCUGCGAAAGCCUCCGCCGGAGCAGCAUCCUUCUCCCCGGCCAUUCUCACACCCUUGACCUCAAGCCUCAGGGACGAGGGCCCGAGCGUGGCUCAGCCUGGCCGCCGGCGGACGCUAAGCAGGGCGAGAGGAAAGCCCCGCUGACGCCGCAGCUGAAGGCGCUGCUGACUGAGGCCAGACUCAAGAAGCAGGGGGGCCUCAAGGAGAACGCCGACCCUUCGGGGGAUGCUACCCCCAGCUCCACGCUCUCCAGCCCCGCCACCACCAUGCACCCUUUGAAAUGCGGCUGCUGGGGCUGCUGGCGGCUGAUGCGCUGCGAAGACGCUGGCGCCAAGUCCGGACUGCGCUCCCUGGGCUGCUUCUCCAGCCGGUCCAGCCUGCGCUCCCUGGGCUGCCCGGCCUGCAGUCCGCAGGCCGUGAAGAAGCUGGGGUGCUUCUGUGGCCCCGUGGCUUUGCGCUCCCUGGCCUGCCUGGCGUGCAACCUCUCGGUCAAGUCGGUCAGCUCCUCCUCCAGCUUCUGCAGCAGUGACCCCAUCGUGGCCUACGACCCCCGGGUGGGGUCCUCGCCGGCGCCCAGCUGCUACGGCGGGGACGGAGAAGAGGAGGAGGAGGAGGAGGAAGAAGGGGACAACUACACCAGCCACAACGUCUGGCCCAACGAGCUGGACAAGAAGAUAAACACGACGACGCCGUGGGUCCAGCCGCAAUCCUCUCCCUUGAUCCUGGACUGCCGCAACCUGGUGGAGUUCACCAAGGCUCAGCUGCAGGGAGCCAUGCGCUUC